UGGUAAAAUAUGCAUGGGAUUGAAUGGACAGAAAGUAAUUAUUUUCUGGUCCCAGUCGUUACAUGCCUUGGAUUACACAAAUGUUGUUUGUGGGUUUAAAUGAUAUUUUUUUCAAGUCAAGAGUUUGACAGUUUAUUGUGCAAUUGUUCAGUUAAAGGCUGUAGAGAAAAAACGAUGAGAAAGACUACAUGUCACGUAUGUGACGUCACGUCAUCAACUUUUUCCUCCGCUGUCAAGUGGCUAAGUCAAGCUUCCUGUAUUUCAAGAUGCUGGUGUGUUUUGUACCAGUCCUCAUUCGAGCAGGAACGACUGUUGUUAGUUUCGAAUGCCUUCAGAUGUGAAGAAUCGCUGGCUAAAAUUGAUCAGGAACAGCCAAAGCCCCCAACCAGGACUGAUGGACACAGGAAUUUUCAGGUCAAGUGUUUUAUUAAUUCUACUGCAUCAUAGUUAGCCAUGUCAGCAUACACAGCAGUAUCUAUAACUUAGGAGUGACCAAAUUAAGCACUUAACAAACUUAGGAGUGACCAAAUUAAGCACUUAACAACCACAAACAUGUACACAAGUCUUGCAGUCACUCAAAUUUUGCACAAUGCACCAUCCCAUGUCAAUCAUAUUACACACAAUAUGAGGGAUUUGGGAUGUUGCCUUGUGCACAUGUUGUGACUUUUCAUUAAGGCAUUAUUAAUGCAAUUAAUUAUUUAAGCACCAAUCGGACCUCACAUGAACGUUUACACACCAAAAAUGUAACAGUGUUGCUUUUUAAGUGAGUUUAAGUGAACAUUAAUUCAAUUUUUAUCACAAGUUUAUGUUUUCUAUAUUCCUCUCUCCUCAGCACCAUCAUAUCCUGUUCCUGUGUGUCCUGCUUGCAGGUCAUCGCCAUGGAUUUGUAAACCAUUUCAAAUAAAUUCAGUUGACUGUAGUUAUGACCUUGAGCUGUGUUUCUUUGAGUCAAAACAAUGUUUUGUAUUUAAAAACAUUUAAACAAAUCAGACACAGCCUUAAACAGAGUACAAGCUUACUUUAUUCCCACUGUGAAAGGUGACAGUCAUUUACCUGCAUUAGUGUUCAUAACUUAACUAUCAUAACUUGUAUGGGCUGUGAGUGUGAUUUUAUAUUUUAUCACCACACACAAUGAAUUGUAAAAAUCUUACCUGAUGUUUCAAUGGCUAAACUAUGGUAUUAAGCUUAAUUGCAUAGAUAUAAUUACUGUGUAGGACAAAAAACUGGCAAAACAAAGUGUGUGGUACAUGUCACACAUGAUAUGUCCAUCUUAUGAGAUGUUUGCUGACAUUGCUGAUGUCUCCAGAAGAGUGAGAAAACAAUAACUCCUCAGAGUCAUCUUCAGGCACACCACUUGAAGGGACCAUGUUGAAUCUAACGAGUCGUCUUUGCACGAUGCUCCAUCCUCACACCAACAGGCUCUGUCUGGAGCACUGCGAGCCAACAGAGCCUUUCUCCUGGAGCAGCUACAGAGAGAGCCUAGCUUUGAGGUAGUGAGAAUGCUGAGGGAGGAGGUGAUGGAGGAGGCAGACUGGUUCUCUAGCAGCACAGAUGAUGCUGCAUGGGACUUUGCCCAGGAGUGUCUCCUACUUCUUCUCACCUUAGCGCGACACCUUUCUGCCGAGCUCAGAGUUUUCCAGCAGACCCCAGCUGCAUCUGCGCUUAAAUAUUGCACCCCUGAGAAUGCUCCACCUUUACCCCCUGAUGUCCUCAGUGUCACCCAGCAGAAGAUGCUCGGAACUGCUCUUCAAUUUGUGGUUUCUCUGGGGCUCUGCCCCUACUUAGCCCCUGGAGUGGGUGUGCCACUUGGUCACAGGUCAACAUUUGCAGCAAUGGUAGAAAAACUUGUCUGUAAUGGGGCAGUGACAGGAGUGGGAUGCCGCCUUCUCACCACCACUAAAGUCCUGUUGCAGUUGACAGAACUGUCUUCUCUGGCCACAUUGGUUUUCACACGGCAUCUGGGUGAUGUGAUGGCUGCGCUGUGCCAGCUUGGCUACCAACCACACCAGAAAGAGAGAAGUGGCACAAAGGAGCAGAAGGAUAUUAGUGCUGAGGAACGGCAAACUUGCAGGGAGGCCCUGAAAAGCCUUGUUGGAAAAGUCUACCAGCCAAUUGUUAUCAAGGAGCUACUGAUUCUUCAAGGAGGACCCAAACAGUCUGGUGCAAAGAGGACCUCCAGUGGUUCCAACAGCAGGGCAGCUCUGGGAUCAGCCCCGGCCUGGCUGAGGCAUGUGUGUGGUCAGCUGCUGUCUAAGCGCCUGAUGCAACCUAAUGGUGUCCAGGCUGUAGUCAGAGCCAUACUCGGUGGAGGAAAAGGGGACGAGUCAGACUGGAGGAAAUGUGAAAGUGUGGCCAGGAUCCUGGUGACCUGCCCUCAACAGUCUACCUCAAUAGAAAGCUACUACAGAGAUGUCUGUCCUCAGAUACUUGACCUACUGCACUUUAAAGACAAGUUGACAGCCCAACAGUUUCAGCGUGUGGCCACCAGGGCAGUGCUUUUGAUGGUGCAGGAGAGGCCCAGCUUCGCCCAGCAAUACCUGCUCACUCCUCUGUUUUCACCGCUGCACCGCUGCACCACUACUUCAGGCAAGGACCAUUCCUCAGCUUCUGUGGAGGAAUGGGAACUGACACGUUGUCUGGAGGACAUGUACAAGAUAUGCGUGGUUGGAAACAGUCCAUCAGAUACUUUCCUCAAAGCUCUAGAACAAGUUCUUCCUAUUCUCUUCACACUCUUCUGUUUCACCAAGCAGAAUGUCUCCCACCUACGCGCCCCCUGUCAGGAGAUCUUGCUGUGGUACCUGAGGUGCACAGAAAAGUGUGCAGCGCUGUCAGCACUGUGGCAGCUUUCAGGCCUGCAGGGAGAGAACAACAAGUUGGCUGCAGUCCUCUGCUUUAGUCCUGGCAGUGAUGGAGGAGCCAGACCCUUCUCCAGGGAGAGCUGCAGUAAUGAGGAUGAUGCUCUGUAUGAGAAGCUGUCAGAGGAGCAGUGGAGGCUAGAGUGUCUGAUGCAGCUGCUAGUUGAACUCAAAGACAGUGACCUGCCGGGAGACUUCUUUCUAGAUCUGCUGCAGCAGCUGACCAGCUGGGCUGCUGCAGAGGAUGAAGAUAUAGAAGAUGAACAGCAGUUGGACAUCUCGGCCAUGACACUCCUUGAGGUGGAGCAGCAGCUGCUGGGUCGAGCUGCAAGGCAGGGCCACAGACUCGCUUUGCUUCAGGUGUUGGCUGUGAUGGUCGAGUCUCUACAUCAUACUAUUCUGCUGAGGAAAAGCACACAGGUGGUGGACUUCAUGGUGACCCUGCUUCAGAGGGCCUGUGUGGGUCUGGAUCAGGCAACUGGGCCAAGUCUUGGGAACCCAGUAGAGAAUCAGGCACUGAGCAUGGGGAUGGGCCUAGUGGCCACUAUGCUGUCUGGACCUCAGCUGAGUGCAGAGGACUACUCUUCUAUGUCGAGGCUUCUCCUACCACUAGAGAAACUGUCUCAGAUGCACUCUGAGGUAGUCAUCCAGGAGCUGGCGUCCAGUCUCAGAGCUGUCAUUGCUACUCACAGUGCUUACCGGCCUGAAGACCUCAGCACCGCUGCUCCCCCCUCCAGAAACUCUCCUGUUGGGAAAAAGCAAAAUAUGCAAACUGAAGCAGACAACUCACAGAGCAGUCCUCAUUCACCUCCCCAGGACAGCACUUCACAGACCAACACCCAAACCGGACAGCCAGUGUCCUCUCAAAAGUCUGCAAUUGGAGUAAGUCAAAAUGAUGGAGGGAUGAACUCUGGAACCAGUGACCCUUGCCCCCCCACCAAGGCCUUUUCUGAUUUGCUGUUGGAGUGUUGUGACCAAGACAUCCCAACCAGAGCGGUCGCCCUGAGAAUCUUGACCCAGAUGGUGAAAAAUGGAAAUCCAGAGGCAGUAAAGGCCCAGGAAGAAGUUCUCCAGCUCCUCUUGGAAAACUUGGGGCAUGAAGAUUCAUUUGUCUACCUGUCAGCCAUUCAAGGUCUGGCUACAUUGGCUGAUUCCUACCCAGAGAAAAUCCUGGAAAAACUCAUAAAAGAGUUUCAACAUGGUCCCUCCUUCCCUAAAUCCAACAAGGAGCACUCCCUGGAGGCCCGGCUCAAGGUCGGAGAAGUUCUGAUGAGGACGAGCAGAGCUAUGGGGGAACUUGCACCUCGUUUUGGCCGGCCUUUGGUUGCCAUCCUCUUGCAAGGAACCAGGGACUCAGACCAAAGCGUCAGGGCCAGCAGUCUGUCCAACCUGGGGGAGCUCUGUCAGAGACUGGACUAUGCUGUAGGACCACUGGCUCAAGAACUUAGCUCCUGUCUGACUGCUCUGAUAAAGACAGAGAAAGAGGCAGAGGUGAGGAGAGCUGCUGUCCAUGUUAUCACCCUGCUGCUCCGAGGCCUCAGCAACAGAACUACACAGGUUCUCUGUGAUGUUUUGUUGGACCUGUACCGAGCUCUGAAGUGGGUUGUUCGCUCAGACCCCGAUGAAGUUGCAGUGCUCCAUGCCCAGCUGGCUCUGGAGGAGCUUGAUGAUGUGAUGAAGAGGUUCAUCUUCCCUGAGCAGAAGCUGGAAAAGAAGAUUGUUGUCCUGCCAUAGAGCUCAACGUUUAUUUCUGUGGGCUCUUUAUGACCCCUUUAUAGUUUCAAGGACAUUAUUUUUAUAUGCUGUGGUCAUAGUCGAUACUAGUUUUGCCUUUUAUAUGAUGUGUAAAAUACCUUGAAGUUCCUAUGAAAGGGCUAAUGUAGUGCUAUUUGUUGUUGAUGCCACCUGUCCCAGGACUGGCACUUCCCAUUGAACAUGGCUGAACUGGGACAUAACACAGCCUCCAAAAGGAUGGAGGUCGGUUUAAGGACCGGCUUGGUUUGGGUUCCUGGUAUCUCAGGUCUGAGUCAGAAAAUAGGGCAGCAUACCUAACUGACCUGUUAAUCAGCUAACCUUACAUUUAACAGCAGUUACUUUAGCAACAAAGCUACUGGUAUAUGUCAGCUUGGCUCCAUAAAUCACGUCCGUACUGUAACUGGUCAAAAUUCACAGAGGAUGCAUGCGGCUAUUCAUUGAGAAUCUGCUGUUAUUCGUACAUCUGAGACAUCACCUUUUCUUUCAAGUAGAAUUCUGUCAACUUGUGUGUUAAAAUAACUUCUCAUCCUGGCACUUCAUGAAUCUACUUUAUAAAAAAAAGAGAUGAGAUGAAUAAGGGAGAGUCUAAAAGAAAAUACCAGAAAGAAUGGGGAGUUCUUGGGGAGUUCUGAGAUAAGUCAGAAGUGACACUCACACAGCAACUCCUUACACACACUGUUCGCCAAUGAGUUAUUUUCUAGCUAUAGUGAACGUCUGUCUCUCUUUGUGAACAUGGAUUGCAAAAACAGUCCAGCAAAAUUAAUGCGAAAAUGUUUUGAAAAGUUUGUGCUCUGUCUCAACACACCAAAAGGCAUACUUUCUGAUUUUUACAAGUCAGUUGAAAUACAAUGCUCACAUGGCAAGUAGACAGUUUUUGUUUACUAUUUAACAUUAAAUUAUUUACAUGAGGCCCAAAUAAUGAAUAAUUUGUCUCAGACAGUGUUUCAUAAAGCUUAUCAUGUUUCUCCUAACUCAACAACUUUACUAAGCGAGUUUUUAGGAGUCUGGGGACUUCUCAACAGGCAACAGUGGGCAGGUCCGGAUAAAGUGUUCUUACUAGUUUAGUGGUUAGAAUUGUUGAAACAGGUCACCAGGUCUGAACAGAGUCUUGGAGACUUCCACAGAUUAAGGGGAUUUGCCGGUAUGGGAAAAAAAUACAUUUUUGCAGAUGCACUUUUUGAGUAAGAGCAGCAGGAUACUUCUGGCUUCCAUCAAGUGUGGUCCCAUGUGGGGACUAUGUAGCCAGAAUGGACAGGCUGAACAAAUACAGAAACUUAAAACUCUUUUGGUGCACAUACGAGCAUCUAAACUUAUCCUAUAAACAUGUUCAUAUUGUGACUAAAAACUACUGCUGAGCGUACAAAUAUUCAGGAAAUGCAGAGAAUAUGACAAGUUGUCUUAUCUGUAAUUAUGUUAGCAAAGUAUCCAACAUUUCUGAACAUGAAAUACAGCAAGAUAUUUGGUGCUCUUGAACAGUAAGUUAUUAUUGUCCGCUGCAGUCCAAUUCAGUUUACAUUCACCAUUGGGUCAUAGCUUCGAUCAGUGCAUCAAAGAUUUUUAAUAUGGUCACUUUUAUUAGUGUAAAGGUGCCAAAUAAUGCUUGCGUAACAGUAAAGUUUUACUAGUGGAGAGUAUUCUCUUAAGUUUUGGACAUUUGACAUUUGUUCAUUCAUUGCAUAAAUAAAAAUGUGAAGACUGAGGACCAAAGACAUUUCUUCUGAAGUGACAGACACAAGA